GCAUUCGUAACCAUGCGUCAGUCUGUGGCGUGGUGUCACGCGAGUAACAGUGUAGGGUGGAUUCUUAUCUCGUUCAGAAAUAGUAUUUAGCGUGAAAUGCUGUUUUGAGUUUGUUGAUGACUAUAAAUAUUUUGAGUGUUAUUAAAGUCAGGCUCUAAUGAACUUAGAAAAUCCAGUUUUAUAAUCUAUUGUUUGGAAUUUCCUUGCCUACUUCUGGGAACUUCUUAUUAAUGUACGAUAGUUUCGCAUGACCUCGAUUCAUACAACGACACGUAAAUUUACGAUGCGGAGUACUAUCUAUCACAUGUGAGCUCAGAUUAUUCAGGAUCAUGUGUGAAUAUGUGAAAUUUAGUUAUUUGUAACGAAAAGUAAGUGCACGUUCAUCGGUGGAAUGAAGCAUGCAGACCCCUUUAUCAAAACAAACAGUCGGUUGUAUUGGGAAAUGUACUUCUGGACUGAGCAUCGAUGAAUUAGAUCAGAUAACAGAUAACAUACACAAGACUCUGAAUCAUCCGCGUGGAAGGGAGAUUUUUAAAAAAUUUUUGGAACGACGUGAUCUCAGGGACAACCUCGAGUGUUUGACACUGUACGAAGUAUGUUUUGAGAUUAUUGCAGAGGAGACGACCUUCUCGCAAUCGAGGAGGGAGACUUCGCUGGAAUCGUUAAUCGAGAAGGUCGUGCAAGUGAAAGAAAUGGCUGAAGAUUUGGACGGUGUACCGCAGAUAGAUAUGGCACUUCUAGAACGUUUCAAUGAAGCAUUGAACAGCGAUUCGAGAACUUCUUUGCUCAGUGUAUUAACAGAUACGAGAGAUCGGUGUCGCGAUCAUUUAAGACGCGUUCAUGAAAGUUUCAAACAGUAUGCGUCGGAACCGUGUCCAUUGACUAAAUGAUCAAUAAAUAUAUAUAUAUAUAUAUAUAUAUAUUUUUUUUUUUGCAUUUUUGUGCCUUUGAACUUUCAUUCGUAUGGAAUGUUAAAGUUAUUCUUUGUUUUUUCAACGAUUUCAAAUGUAUCCCGAAUUUGUCAAAAGUUAGUAUGUGAAACAGGUUUCACAUACCAAUGUAUAAUACAUACAUAUGUACGUCUGUGAUGUUGACUAAUGGUAUAUAUUUU